AUGAGUUCCGAUUCCGGCGAGACUCUCACCUCCACCGUGGACAACGCCCGGAGCAUGACAAACAGACUCCAAAUCCAGGCGGCGCACCCUCUCCACCACCACCAAAACCACCCUCUCGCCUUCAUAAACUCCCUCGACACGCUCCACCGUCACUUCAUGAUCUCUUUACAAGAAUUCUCCGACCCUUCUAUUUCCACUCUCCUCUUCCGCUCCACCGGCUUCUUCCACUGCGCCGCUUGCGCCUCCGCCUCCACUGGCGGCCCAUCCUUCCACUGCCUCACCUGCCCUUUCUCCAUCACCGCCGCUUGCGCCGCCCUCCCCCUCGUCUCCGUCAACCACCACCCCCACCCCCUCCUCCUCCUCAAUAGAAACUCCGAUCACAAGCAUUUGAUUUGUGCUCUGUGUGAUGAAGGAAUCAGUUUCCCGAGUUUCAUCCGUUGUGUCCAUUGCGACGCGUUUUUUCAUGUCCAGUGCGCUCUCCCCCCCGCCAUUAAAGUUGACCACCACAUUCAUCCGAUGGUGCUUUCGAGCUGUGAGGCUGUCGGUAACAAUGGCGACGAUGAUGAUAGUUUGUGUAGCGUUUGUGGAGAUGAAAGAGAUGAACUUUCUUGGGUUUAUUGGUGUAAAAUCUGUAGAUUUGUCGCCCAUGUUGGUUGCGUCAUCUAUGAUCAUCAGAUCCCAAGUGAAACAGAGCCGCCAGAAGAAGCAUCAAUAACAUCUCAAUUUGGUACAUUGGCAUUGAAUGAUAAACACUUAGAAGCAGAUGAUCAUCACCAUGAAAGCAUCUUAAAGCCUGGAGUAACCCUUCAACAGAUCCUCGAUUCUUUCUCUGAAUCCGACGAUGUUGAGUAUCAAAGCCUCGUCAACGCAAUGUUGCAAGACGCCGGCGGUGACGACGACGACGACGAAACCAGCUCGGAAGACAAAUAUUCAAACUAUUUUUCAUAUCUUGAGAAACCCCUUUAUUAUCUCUUAGAAAGGCUCGAACUUGGAGAGGAUGGCGGCAACCCUUUUGAAGGUUUUGACAGGGACACUCCGACGGUGCGCGCCGGCAGCCGAUACUUGAUCUCCGAGAAACUGGUUGGAACAUUCACUGCAGUUUUUGGCAAACAUGGUGAUAUCUCAGAGAGGUCAAAUAUGAGCAUCAAAGUGAAGACGAUUGUGUGGAACUUGUUCUGCAAAGUGAUGGACGACAUGUCGAGAACGGAGUUCGAGAAGAUGACGGGAGAGGGUCUAGUUUCAUGGUUGAUAGGGAUCAGGGCGAUUGAGCUGGCUGGGUUUGAAGUGGGGUUCGCGUUCGAAGCGUGGAAGAAGAUAGCAAUGGGGUUCUUUGGAGGGAAAGGGAAAGAGGUGGGUGAAGGGAUGGUUGCAGAAAUGGAAGAGAAGAUUGAAGAACAGCGACUCAAACUUCAAAGCCUCUGUGAGGAACGAGACAAGCUUCUGAGCUUAACAGAACAAUGUCUCAUGGAAGCUCUGGCUAUGAAGGGGAAGCGUGUAGGAGAUGCUUUGAUCUAAAUUUUUUAUUUUUUUUUCCAAGUUUAAAUGUCAUUUUCAUCUCAAAUUUAUAAAUAGACAAUGAAUUAAAAAUUUAAGGUUGAAUUAUAA